AAAAUUUAUAAUAAUACCGAACCGACCACACCCCUAUGACUUGACUUAUCUAUCUCAUCUGCCCGGCUUCUCUGUGUAUCUCUAUCAGAUAAGCUUGUGUUAAGAAAGAAAUCAACCGAGUUUAACUUACCAAAUGAAAACAAUUAUGACUUCAACAAUAUUGAAUUCUCCUAAUUUGACUACCCCUGCAAUAAAGGGCUUAGAUUGCAAGAACUAUGCUGGUUUAAAACCAACUUUUAGGCUGAAUUGUGGUAAGAGUUUGGGCAAGGAAUGUUCCAACUCCCAGCGUAUUUUCAUUGUGAGAGCUUGUGAAAAGCACAGUGGACCGUUUAAGAAGCUGGGGAUUAGUGAUGCUGAAUGCGAAGCUGCUGUUGUGGCUGGAAAUGUACCCGAGGCACCUCCUGUUCCUCCGAUACCCGCUGCCCCAACCGGAACUCCGGUCGUUCCUUCACUUCCACUCAGUAGGCGUCCUCGUCGUAAUAGAAGGACACCUGCUUUGAGAGCGUCAUUUCAAGAAACUAGCAUAUCGCCUGCUAAUUUUGUCUAUCCACUUUUUAUUCAUGAAGGUGAGGAGGACACACCUAUUGGAGCAAUGCCUGGAUGUUACAGGCUUGGGUGGAGACAUGGACUUGUCGAAGAGGUCGCAAAAGCUCGGGAUGUUGGUGUGAAUAGCAUUGUGCUCUUUCCCAAAGUUCCAGAUGCUGUGAAGACUCCGACAGGAGAUGAAGCAUACAAUGAUAAUGGUCUAGUACCACGAACGAUUCGCCUUUUGAAGGAUAAAUACCCUGAUCUUGUUAUUUACACUGAUGUCGCUCUGGAUCCAUAUUCUUCUGACGGACAUGAUGGUAUUGUCAGAGAAGAUGGAGUCAUAAUGAAUGAUGAGACGGUGCAUCAACUAUGUAAACAAGCUGUUUCACAGGCCCGAGCUGGGGCGGAUGUUGUUAGUCCCAGUGACAUGAUGGAUGGACGCGUUGGAGCAAUUCGGGCAGCGCUUGAUGCUGAAGGCUUUCAGCAUGUGUCAAUCAUGUCCUAUACAGCAAAGUACGCAAGUUCAUUUUACGGUCCAUUCAGAGAAGCAUUGGAUUCAAAUCCGCGAUUUGGAGACAAAAAGACCUAUCAGAUGAACCCAGCCAACUACAGAGAGGCUCUGAUUGAGGCUCAUGAAGAUGAGUCUGAAGGCGCUGAUAUCCUUCUGGUUAAACCAGGUCUUCCAUAUUUGGAUAUCAUAAGGCUUCUCCGAGACAAAUCUCCUUUGCCAAUUGCUGCAUACCAGGUAUCGGGUGAAUACUCCAUGAUCAAGGCUGGUGGGGUUCUCAAAAUGAUCGACGAAGAAAGAGUCAUGAUGGAAUCCUUAAUGUGUCUCCGAAGAGCUGGGGCCGACAUCAUCCUAACAUAUUUUGCUCUGCAAGCUGCUAGAUGUUUAUGUGGUGAGAAGAGGUGAGUCAUGUCUGUUAUUUUAAGGAAUUGAUAGAGUGGAAAACCCAAAGAGUAAAUUAGCAUUUUUGGAACUCUGUAAAUUUGUAAGCAUUUGUAAAGUAGAAAUUAUUGGGAUCUGUAUUGGUUCAUUUGAUAAGUCAGUCUAUGGAAUGGAGUUCAGUUCUUGUA